AUGUAUAUGUUCCAGUUUCAUCGUCGUUUCAAUAAUUUGCAAAUUAUAUCCAAUGUAGACUUUUUUCCAAAUUUAGAAGUUUCUGUCUCUAGGUUGACUGUUUACUGGAAAGAUUGCAACAAUUCAAACCUCAUUCGGAUUGUUGAUGAUAAAGAUGUGUCUUGGAUUAUGUUAGUCAUAUCGAAAUUCCCCGACAAUGAUCUACUCGUUGUCGUUGGCACUGCACCUGCUAAGGAUAUUGGAAAUACCCCGUAUUUGAGCAGCGAACUACCUAGAACCGAAGACUCGCGUAGUGAAAAUGUAAUUAUUGAUCUUAAUGCAUUUGAAUCAUCACAUACUGAUAUACCCAUUAGAGUUGGAUCAAUGUUUAGGCAAAAAUCAGUUUUGAAAAAAGCUAUUUUCGACAUAAGAUGUACUCCGGAGGACUCGUAUGCCAUGUUGUCUGUCUUUUCGGAUGCAUUGAUCCGAAACAACCUAGGUACAUACACGGCUGAAGAAGCAGAUGAUGAAGGUCGGUUUAAAUUCUAUUUCAUGGCACUAGCUGCUUCAAUUGAUGCAUGGAACUACUGCAUACAAGUUAUUUCUGUUGAUGGUGCAACUAUGGAGAACAAAUAUCUUGGUACCCUUAUCUCUACUUGUACUAUUGAUGCGAACUCUCAAAUUGUGCCACUAGCUUUUGCUGUCGUUGAUUCAGAGAAUUAUUCUUCAUGGUCAUGGUUUUUUCGAAACCUUAAGGCCGUUUUUAGGGAACAUAAUGAAACGGUAAUUGUGUCUGAUGCUCACAAAAGUAUAGAAAAUGGGUUUAAUGCCAUGUAUGAAAUAGCUGAACAUGGAUUAUGUGCAUUCCAUUUGUUGAAGAACUUGAAAAAGAACCAUAAAUCACUUCCCAUGGAGGACUCAUUCAAUAAAUGUGCCAGAGCUUAUACACCACUGGAAUUUGAGUACUACAUGAGGCAACUCGAACAACUAUCUCCAUCAAUGAGGCAUGAGUUGGAAGUAGUGGGAAGACAUAGGUGGGCUAGGACAUUUUUUAGGAGAAAAAGAUACCAGGUUAUUAUAACCAACAUCUCUGAAAGUAUGAACUCUACCUUGAAAGAACAACGAGAAUUGUCUGUAAUUGGACUUUUAGAAUCAAUUCGUAGUUUGGUUCAGAAAUGGUUCUAUGAACGUCGUACCAAAUGGAGUUUCCAACGCACACAACUUUCAAUAUAUGCAGAAGAUAUGAUUCGAGAAUCCUUAAGGGAAAGCCGCUCAAUGAAUAUAUAUCCUGUAGACCAACAUGAAUUUGAAGUCCACCAUCGUAAGAAACAAUUUGUCGUCAACAUUUUAAAUCGAACAUGUUCAUGUCGUCAGUGGGACCUUGAUUUGAUCCCUUGUUCACAUGCAUGUAUAGCAUUGUCCACAAGGAAUCUUAAUCUCCAUUUGUACACUGAUAAGUUCUACUAUGUCUCAAAUUUGAUAAACCUGUACACUGAUAAGUUCUACUAUGUCCUAUUGGUAGUGUAA